AUGGAGGGACAAUGCCUCUCGGACGAAUUCGCAAAAUGUGAUUUGGGCUCUCAGGGGGAGGUGCAAAUGAUGGAUACCGCUGCGAAGGGGAUCGAAGCGCAGUGGGAAGGGAGAAGCCUUUACAGUGGAAGAAGAUUCCACCCAGGGGGCGGAAGACCCCCUCAUGGAGGAAGAAGCCCACACCGAGGAAGACACCCCUCCUACAGAGGAAAAAAAACAUCGCAUAAUAGUAAAGCACCUUUAGAAGGAACAAAUGGCACUACCACAAUAACAAAGCUAUGCGAACUGAAAGAAUAUUCACAACUAGGGGAACAUAGAAACAGCGUUUUAACCAAUUUUAAUGACCUCUAUGGAGCGAAAGGACGUACCAUCACAAAAUCGUUAAUGGAAAUUUUUCACUUAAAUGAAGAAGAAGAAAUUAUUCUGUUCAUUACUCAGAAAUUUUUACACAUAUAUGGCUUAUGUGUCCCUUGCUUCAAAUUUAGCAGCCCCAAUAGUUUGUGUAGUAACAGCAUCAAGUGUAAGUGGUGCCAUCAUUACAGUCACACGGAUCAGAACUCCGAUUUGAAUCCUCACAAAAUGUUACACAUGAGAAAUAAAUGUAAAGUCUGUUCAUACUUAUAUAGAGAUGGUUUUUGCUCCCUCCAAAAUGAGUGCCGUUUUUGUCAUUCCGUUGAACAUUUACCUUCCAAAGUACGACAAUCAUAUUUUCGCAUGCUGAAUGAUCUGUACGAAAAGAAAAAACACACCGAUGUGAUUACGAAGGAGUUACUUUACAGUCUUCAACAAGGGAAGAGCAACAGCUUUGAUGGAAACCUUUUUGUUACCAUGGAGAAGGAACUCAUGUGCAUGUAUAACGACAUUCAGGGGGGAGACAGUGUUGAAGAAGGUAGAGACAAUGGCACUGAUGGGGCGCGAAAAACGAAGGAAACUUGUCCUGAGUGCGAUACACAAGGGAAGAAACCAUGUAGCAGUUACUUCCUUCUGGGGGAUGCACAAACCAGCUGCAUGGAAAAUGGCAACUGCCCAGACUGCCACAGUGAGGCACACAAAAAGAAAAACUCUAGCUUAUACUUUAUGACUUACCUGCAUGAUAGGAACCUGUGUCAAGUGUGUCCCAAUAUUAACGAGGAAAACUGCCCCUGUAAGGAGGACAGCGCGUAUUGCCACGACACAGACCAUAUAUCCUACGGCGUCAAAAUGAAGAACGUCCUGGGAGUGUGCGAAGCGUCCUUGAGGGGGGAAUUUUCCGACGAGCAUCAACCAGGGAAAGCGGCACCAGGGGAUAAUGUGGAGGUUUUGGCCAACGUGGCCGAUUCGGUAUCCAUCAUCGCGGAGUCUUCCUUCGGUGCGCACGCCUCUAACCUCAGCGCAGAUCGACAGGAUCAUCGACGCAGUCACCGAAUGCGCAGCAGCGUGGGGACACACUCCCGCCCCCCAAACAUGGAUGCCAAAAGCAAUGAAAGAAAAAAAAACUCACACAAGAGAAGUACACAUGUAAAUGAAUCCUCCAAAAGAUAUGCACACUCAAGAAGUCACAGCAAAGAUGCACACACUGGUAGAAGAAGGAUGCACAAAGAGGACCUUGCACAGAAAAAAAACGAUACAGAAAUGGAAACACCAUCACUCGCAACUUAUACCAAACAGCACAUUCAUCACUUAGGAAAUAAUUUGUGUGACAAGGAUAUCUCACCCUUUUAUAAGAAGGAUGAAGAACAUAAAGAUGCAAAAUGUGCUUCAAGCAAGUACCCAGACGAGCAGAGUGACAUUGGUACACACCACAUAUGCGACAGCACAGAACAAACAGGAAUGCGACAUCAACCCGUAUAUGAUGAAGCGGAUUGUUCAAAAGGAGAAGAACAAAAUGUGUGUACAAAUUUGCACCUUAAGAUGGAGAACACCUCUUCCCAUUUUGCCGCAUGCACAGAGAUGGACACAAAAGGAGAAAGUAAAAAUCUGAUAACUGGAAAAUCGAAAAUGAAUUCUGAACAAAAUAUAGAACAGGACAAUGCAGGCGGGAAGGAAUAUAAAAAUAGGGAUGGCUGUAGUGGCACUGUGGAGGAAGGGAUGACCAAUCCGCACGGUCAAGAGGUGAACGUGGAUGACGAGCACAUUUAUAAGGAGCAAAAUGGAAGCCAUUGCGGGAAGGAAUACGACUGCGGAGAAAGCAGCGGUUCCACGAAUGUAGAAAAAUGCAGCAACAACGAGGGCGCGGAUGGCUCCUUCGAAGAGGGCCCACCUUCAUGCACAAGUCCGAGUAACAAGCGAGUGGACUCCCUAUCCACGCAGGAAACAAAAUAUCAUUUGAACGAUCUGCAGAGUUUGAGCAAAUUGCCCCUGGACGACAUUCGCAAUUUUCAUGAUGAGGGCCAGGGCGAGGAGGACAUUGAAAUUCAGGAGCCCACCAGCAGAGUGAAAAUUAUUCAGGACGUACCAACGCAUAAUGCCCAGCGGCCGAGGGUUCUUAGUGGAGAUACUGGUAGAGGUGUUAGUACACGUGUUAGCAGAGGUGUUAGCAGAGGUGUUAGCAGAUAUGUUAGCAGAUAUGUUAGGGUUGAAGGGCACGGCUAUGACAAGGGGUAUUCCAGGAAUGGCUACUCCAAUUGGAACCAUGUGGAGGGGAAAACGUGGAGAAGACAAAAAAUGAUGACAAGAGAAUUAACAGGUGGUUACUCGAUAGAAGAACACAAUGCGUAUAGGUGCAUUCCGUGCGCGUUUUAUUUUACUACUGGAUGCAACUACUCUCUCCAAUGCAGAAACUGCCAUCAUGAAGAGCACCGCAAUACCUCCAGCUACUUGUGCUAUUACAAAAUGCUCCACAGAAUCAGAAAGUGCAAACCUUGUGUAGAAUAUUUUAGGGGCACUUGCAAAAAUAGCCAAACUGGGACUCCAAGAGAAAUGGACCACUGUGCUUACUGUCAUGACGAGUCACACAGAAAAGACAUGGAAAAAGUGGCCAACGGGAGAGCACGCAGGAGAAGUAUAUCGAGUCAAUCCACCUCAGGGUCGAAGCAGCAGUGGCGCAGCGCAAGUCGUUCCGCUAUAAAGCCAAAGGGACAGGUACUCAGCUCAAGUAGAUCCACAUUGGAGUCAAAAAGUAUAACACGCAGCUCGAGUCUCUCCACACUUGCGUCGAAACAAAAACUCCACAAAGGUCAUCGCUCUCCAUCAGGAAUGUGCACAAAAAUAAAUUCGAACAGACCAAACAAAAGUGCUUUAUCCGAUUCUCAUAAAAAAUCAAUUACAACAAAUGAACCGCACCCUGAGGAGAAAAUGUCCCUCUCCAAUAAGAGUGAAGAUGAGCAAGAGGACUCCAAGGUGGGAGGCACAAAUGGUACCUUGUCUUCCAGAGGGGGGAAAAAAUAUCCCAGCAAUGGUAACCCUAAUUCGACAAAGGAGGAAAAAGAAGCAACAGAAAGAAGAACUCCGAAACAUAUAAUGAAAAAAAUAAAGGAAGCUAGUGAAGAUGAUAAUUGGCGCUCCAUGAAGGAUGUAGCUAAGGACAAAAAAAUGCCAAAUGGUAGAUACCAUGAGGUGAGACACGUUAGGAGGUAUUCCUCCCCUGAGCGGGCAAGCAGUAGAGGAAGCAGUCAACUGUGUGGAAGCCAAAGCGAUGAUAGCCACCGCAGUCGCUCCCCCGACCCAGGAAAGUCAGAAAAAAGAAAAGUCAUCACCGACAAGGAAGAAGCCAAAUCUUGGAGAAGGAAACAGGAACCUAUAAAACCAGGGACUUACAAUUUAUCAGGUCGUCAAAAGCUCAUGAGUAGACAUGACAAGGGAGCUUGCCAUCCAUGCGUCUACUAUUUUAUAGGCUUUUACGGAUGCUCAAAUGGAAAAAGGUGCUUAAAUUGUCACCACGAAGAUCAUAGGAAUCCACAUACGUUGUUUCAUCCCUCUCGGCUUCUGCAUGUUAAGAAAUUGUGUGUUCCGUGUGCGAACUAUUUCAAGGGGGAUUGCACCAGACCCAUGCAUGCAUGUGUGUACUGCCACAACGAGGCACAUGCUCGUGAGACGAGUUGGGAAACAGGAGAUGGAGAAAACGGGGGAGAUGCGACACAAGGGAAAGGGACACACCCAAAAGGGGAUCGCGCCAGAGAAGAGAUCUCCGAAGAGGACGUUUACAAAGAGGAUAUUAUCAAAGGCGAACGCGCCAAAGUGGAACGCCAGCCAGGGAAGCAUUUCCAUUACGUCAAACAGGUCGGCUACCGCGAAAGGGAUGCACACGACAGGGGAGUCUGUCACCCCUGCACCUUUUUCUUCUCUGGUAAUAAUGGAUGCUUAAAAAGGAACCGGUGCCCAAAUUGCCACAAUAGGGAUCAUGCAGAUAUUCACUCAUCCUACCAUCCAUCGAAGCUCCUGCACUAUAAAGGAAUAUGCUACCCAUGUAUUGGGCACAUGAAGGGAACUUGCAAGCGAAGGUCAUAUGAGUGCGUCUACUGUCAUAAUGAGGAGCAUCUCUCCGAGGACAGGAAGGAUCAAAUGAGAAAAGUGAUCGAUUCUGUUACUGAAAAGAUGAAGGACAGGAGGUACUACCAGAAGAUGUCCCAUGCGUAUGGGGAAGAUAGGAGAUAG